AUGUUAUUAUUCAAUAGAGAUAACAAAAAGAAGAAUAACAAUAACAAUGGUGAUGGUGACCAAGUGACAGAUGAUACAUGGGAUGACAGCGAUUUAAUCAAUGCUUACAACUCUGCGAUCGACCAAUAUAUCAGUUCACAUAAUCCAUCAAAAAAUAACAACAAUAAUAAUAAUAAUAAUAAUAAUAAUAAUAAUAACAAUAAUAGAAAACAUGAUAACAUUAGUAUUAUCAUUCAAGAUGAUGGUUCAGUUGAGAAUGUAGAUGAAGAAGAUGAGGAAGAGGAAGAGGAAGAAGAAGUGGUGGAGAAAAUAGUAACACCUCCAUCCAAGCCAACCAAUAGAGCUAUGAAAAAGGGUCCAUCAACUUAUAAACAACCACAAUCACAACAAUCACAAUCUUCUACUACUUCUACUUCUACUUCUACUACUACUACUUCUACUCCAGCUCAGACUGCCAAACCAUCAUCGUCGUCAACAACAACAACCACCACCAAACAAACACCAGUGUCAAAGAAGAAAUCCUAUCCAAGUCAUCAUGAUUAUCCAAGCCAUCACGAUUAUCCAAUGCCAGCAUCUUGGGAUCCAUAUAUUAAAAACUAUAUUACGGAAGAGACCAACCAACCCCAUUAUAACAACUAUACACCAACACCACCAUCUUAUCCACAUCCACAUACUCUUCCCCCACCUACUUGCCACUCACCACCUACUCUACCCAAACUUCCAGCAAAUUUACUUGGCGAUAGUGAAUCCGCCGAUCUUUUAUUGAGUUGGUAUUACACUGGUUAUUAUACUGGAGCUUAUCAAGAAAGAAAGAAACUAGUACAACAACAUUACCAACAACCACAAUACCAACAACAACAACAACAACAACAACAACAACCAUCACAGCAACAGCAACAUUACCAACCACAAUAUCAAUAUCAACCAUCCCAACAACAACAACAACCACAAUACCAACAACAACCAUACUAUUACCAACAACAAUAUCAACAACAACAUAGACAUCAACCACAUUAUUACCAUCAACAUCAACAACAACAAUAUCAACAACAACAACAACAACAACAACAACAACAACAACCUUAUUCAAGUCAAGUAUCAGCUCCACCACCACCUCCAAGAUCAUCAAAAAAAUCUUUAGUUCUCCCAGACAACUUCCAACACAUUAUCCGUAUCUACAAUACCAACGUAGAAGGUAAGCGUAAGGUCAUGUACGCCUUGACUGACGUUAAGGGUUGUGGUCGUCGUUUUGCUAACCUCGUCUGCAAGAAGGCCGAUAUCGACUUCUCCAAGAGAGCUGGUGAACUUAGCCCAGCCGAAAUCGAGCGUGUCACCACCAUCAUGAACCACCCACGUCAAUACAACAUCCCAUCUUGGUUCUUGAACAGACAAAGAGAUAUUGUCGACGGAAAGUACAUGCAAGCUUUGUCCAACGUCUUGGAUAUCAAGCUCAGAGAAGAUCUCGAACGUUUAAAGAAGAUCAGAUGUCAACGUGGUAUCAGACAUCACUUGGGUCUCAAGGUCCGUGGUCAAAAGACCAAGACCACUGGUCGUAGAGGAAGAACCGUCGGUGUCGCUAAGAAGAAGCAUAGCAUAAGAGUAAGAGUAAGAGUAAGAGUAAUACUUGACAUAGAGAUAGGAUUAGAUAGGAUGAGUAUUACUAUUAGAAAGAGUGAGGUAUGUGUAUUGAUACUUGGUUUUCUAAAGGAAGAAAAGUUCUUACAAACUCAUGAAAUCUUUUCUAAAGAAUGUCAACCUUAUACAAAGGAUCUACAAAAAAUACCUGGAAAAUCAGUUAAAACAUUAACAACGAUUCUAAACGAGUACAUCAAUUUGAAAGAAGAGAAACGAAAAAGAGAAGGAUUCACUGGUUCCUUUACCGAUCGAUUCAAUCAAUCAAACAUUCCUACCAAUGAUGCAAUCUAUCAAAACAUCACUUCUUCUCUUGAUAAUCUCUAUACAAUGUUGGAUGACUAUGUUUCAUUACGUUCAAAACUUUUAAAUAACAAUAAUAAUAAUAAUAAUCAUGUAAACAAUAAUAAUCAUAAUCAUGUAAACAAUAAUAAUCAUAAUCAUAAUAUAAUCAACAACAACAACAACAACAACAAUAAUGUAAAUGUAAAUAGAAAUAAUAAUAAUAUAAAUAAUAAUAAUCAAUUAAAUGGUAAUGGAUUGAAAAGAAAGAAAAUGGAGGAUAAUACUAAAUCUGUAAAUAAUAAUAAUAAUAAUAAUAAUAAUGGUAAUGGUAAUGGUAAUGGUUCUAAAUCAAUCAUUUCAACGACAGAUAUUAUUGAUUUGGAUGGUGGUAGUGAUAAUAAUAGUAAUAAUAAUAAUAACCAUACUACUACCAUUUCAACCACUGUACAUUUAUCAGUGUCUACACCAUCACCACCGCCACCACUUGCUGUAUCAACGAGACCGCUACCAAGUGCUUCACCACCUCUUUUAGGUUUAUAUGGUGCAAGUGGAACUUCAGCGACUACAUCAACGACAUCAACCAAUACAACAACAACAACAAUGGCAACACCAUCAAAAAGAACUACUCCCGAGGGUAUUAGAAGUAGAAAGAAUCAAACACCAAAGAAAUUAAUCGUUAAACCUCCAACAUUCACACAUGUGGCAAAUCAUAGCCACAACACCUCUCCAACACCCCUUAUUCCACCUUCCUCUAUAACAUCAACAACGCAUCAACCAAGUGAUAAUACUUUUGGUAGUAGUAGUAGUAGUAGCAGUCCUAUGGGAGAUGGUCAAUCUAGUAAUACAAAUAACUUUAGUGGUGGGUUACCAGACCUAUCAUCAUUUAAUAAUCAACAACAACAGUUGGAUUUACUCGCUGGUGGUGAUUUACCAAUGAUGGACUUUGGCAAAAGUCUUGAAGAGUUGUUAAAUAAUCCUCAACUACCUGAAAAACUUGCUGCUUUGAUUAAUACACAACUUAUUGGUGUAGGUGGACAAUUUUUAAAUAAUAAUGGAAAUGGAAAUGGAAAUUCACAAGUUGAUAAUAAUAAUAAUAAUAAUAAUAAUGAAUUGAUUCAACAAUUUCAUCAACAACAACAUCAUAAUCAUAAUACACAAUCAUUAUUAUCACCAGUUGAUAAUACAAUUGGUGGUAUGAUACCAAUGGAUUUUGGAAUGUUGGAAGUUGAUAAUAUUAUAUCAUCGAUUGAAGCUGACCCAGACCUUAAUGGAUUUAUUCAUAGUUUACAACUUGGUGGACCUCCAAACAAUACUGUUUCUGCUUCUGCUGCAGCUGCUGGUAAUCUCCAACAGUCUAAUCAUCUACAACAACAACAACAACAACAACAAUCUCAUAAUGAUGCAAUGUCAUAUUUUACUCAAGACGAUAGAUUCUAUCUCCAAAAUAGUAACAAUACAAACACCAAUAUUAAUCCUCCUCCUCUAUCAACUUCAAUCGAUUUAAAGAAAUCAACAACAACACCAUCAACAACGACAACAACAACAACAUCAACAAGUACCUCCCCAACAAUAGAUUUGAAAUCAAAUGAAAACCUACAUCAAAAUAAUAAUAAUAAUAGUAAUAAUAAUAUAUCAUCAACAUCUUUAUUAAUUCCUGACAAUAUUGAUGAUUUUCUAGAAUCGAUCGAUUAUUCUCAAGAUCAAGAUCAAUCACAACAAGAUAGAUUCCAUCAUCAUCAUAAUAGAUCUAUCUAUCUAUAUAUCGUUAUAAUACAUAUAGUUAUUAUAAAAAAGAAACUAGAAAGAGCCGACAUCAAAGGGGAGGAAGACACAUCCAACCAACCAACCAAACAUGUUUAUCUUUUCCAAACACAAAAAAGAAAAGAAGAAUCAGCACCACCAACAGCAACAGCAGCAGUUUGCUCCUCGUGUAUACAAGAGUCGGGAAAGACGACUCUUCAAAGACAACUGGAUAUUAUGUAUGGUAUGGCCGAUAUUGAUCCAAAGUAUUACCAACGUUUGGUGUAUGGAAAUACAUUGGCCACUCUGAUUCGAUUGUUGGAGAGUACCGAACGAUUGAAUCUAAGCAUCACCGAUGACAAUAUAGAUCGAUCGAAAAGAGUCACUGGGACACCGGUAGAAUUGGCUAGGAAUCGUCUACCUCGUUUCCCACUUCGUCUAUCAUAUGAUUGUAAAUGUCUUUGGGAAGAUCAAGCCAUUCAAAGUGCAUAUGAAUAUUCAAAUAUUUGUUUGGAUUUUAGAACUCCUGGUAGAACUAAAUAUUAUAUGGAAAAUAUGUUUAGAGUAUUUGCACCAGAUUUCUCACCUUCAGAAAUGGAUAUUAUAAGUGCAUAUGAUCAAGUUGAUCAUUCCCAACAUUCAUCAGUAUUACAUCGUCGUGUAAAAGUGGAUCUAACAUCACCAACAACCAAAUAUAUAUUAUCAAAGGAUUGGUCGAAAUUUAGUCAUUAUCGACCUCAUUAUAUCAUUUAUGUUGUAUCUUUAAAAGAGUAUGACAAUUAUUAUCAAGAUAAUUCAACAAGAUAUGAAGUUAUACCAACUAUAUCAACUUUAUCAUUGACUGAUUCAUCUACUUCGAGUACAUCAGAGACAACAACUACUUCGACAUCGGCAACAUCAGCUGCUGCACCUAUAUCAGUCAGCACAUCGUCGACGACAACAGCAUCAGCGGUACCGCUGGAACCAACUAAGCAUUAUUCUUACAAGUGUUGUGGUAGACAGCAAAACCAUAAAAAUCUUUUACGAGAAUCAUUGUCAACUCUGGAAUCAUUGAUAGCAUCGGAUUUGAUGGAUCCAAAUGGUACAGUCUUUCUUAUUUUCAAUCAUUGCGAUACAUAUACUGAACGUUUGAAAAUAGUCGAUCCAAGUUGUUGUUUUGAAGAUUAUACAGGUGGAAAUGAUCAAUCAAAAGCUACUGAAUUUAUUAUUCAAAAAUUUACAAAAUCUUUGAAUGAAAAGAAAAUAUCAUAUAAAACACAUUUAAUGAAUUUAUUGGAUAAACAAAAUACAAGGGAACAAUUUGAUAUAAUGUUGGAUUUUAUAAUACCAGAUGCUGAAAAGAGAGGAUUGGUUGAUGAGAUUUCACCAAUAUUAUCGGGUGCCAGUACCGGAUCGGUAUUGUCGAGUUCAAGUGGAUCCGUAUCACAUCCAACAUCGAUUCUACCUCAUACCUCUAGUAUUGUAGUUACACCCAUUCAAAAUGAUAAUCUUGUUGAUAUUAGUCAUUCAAAUGAAUCUGUAAAUAGUAGUAAUAAUAAUAACAAUAAUAAUAAUAAUAAUUUUAAUAGUAGUAGUAGCGAUAUUGGAACUCCAAGAAAAGACAAGAAAAAGGAUAAAAAGGAAAAGGAAAAGGAAAAGGAAAGAGAAAAGGAAUUGGAAAGAGAAAGAAAAGAAGAAAAGGCAAGAGAAAAGGAAAAGGAAAAAGAAAAAGAAAAAGAAAAAAGAGAACAACAACAUCAACAACAACAACAACAAGGUCUUGAAAAGGAAAAAGAAAAGGAAAAAGAGAAAGAAAAGGAAAAGGAAAAAGAAAAAAAGGUAAAAGUGCCAAAAAAGAAAAAGAUCAAAGGUUUAUGUGCUGUUAAAGCUGGAUUUGGUUCAAUGCAAGGUAGAAGAAAGAAUAUGGAAGAUACUCAUGCAAUUUAUGAAAAUUUGGUUGAGGAAUUAAAAUUACCAAAUGUAAUUGAUGGAGUUUGUUCAUAUUUUGGAGUUUAUGAUGGACAUGGAGGAACUGAUACAUCCAAGGCAUUGGAACCAAUUGUACAUAAAUGUGUUGUCGAUACACCAGCAUUUAUCGAUGGAAACUAUGAACAAGCACUCAAGGAUGGUUUUGAGGCUGCAGAUAAGCAGGUCAUCCCCAUUUGCGAAAAGAGUGGAUCGACAGGUGUUGCUUGUUUGUUGGUUGGAAAUACGCUAUUCACAGCCAACAUUGGUGACUCUGAACUUGUUUUGGCACGUUCAUCGGGCACUGGCAAAUCACCAACCUACGAAUCGGUGCUGCUCACCUACAAACAUUUGGCCAACGACGAGAAUGAAAAGAAACGUAUCACCGAGAUGGGUGGUAUGAUUAUCUUUGGACGUUUGUUUGGUAGUUUGGCAGUAUCACGUUCCUUUGGUGAUCGCGAGUACAAAGAAGGUGACAAAAAGUUUGUGUCUUGCGAUCCCUACACAACAGUCACUGAACUCACGCCACGAGACCACUUUAUCAUCCUUGCCUGCGACGGUCUGUGGGACAAGGUCACCUAUGAUGAGGCAGUUCAAAUGACUGCCAAACUCAUCAAACAGGGUAAAACACCAACUGAAAUUAGUGAAGCUCUUGCCAAUGACUCUUUUGAAAAGGGUUCUGCUGAUAAUAUUACUGUCAUUGUUGUCAUUCUUUCUCAUGGUUAA